AUGCUUUCUCACCGUCGCCUUCGAGUGUAUCUUGUCUCAGCCGCCAUACUUGUCUGUUUCAUACUCUAUUUUACUGGGGAUGUUCGACGCUCGCAGGCUCUGAGAUCUUCCUCGAAAAUAGGAAUAGUGAACACUAAAGGGUCGGGGAACCAUGGCAAAGGGAACGAUGCCAGUGUCUUUGAGAAGUUGAAGCCGGGAUCUUUGCGGCCGGACGAGCACCACACCGAUGGAUCCGCUACAGAGGUAGACAAGACAGAUGCUGCAAGACAGACGGUGAUUCCGGAUCAGAAAGAGACGCAGACACAAGACACCGAAAGCCGGGAUGAGAGUGUGAAGGAAGAGCUUAAUUCGAUCCUAAAGAGAUCUCCAAUUAUAAUAUUCUCCAAGUCGUAUUGUCCGUUCAGCAAGAAGGCCAAGUUCUAUCUGCUUGAGAAGUACGACAUUACUCCCGCACCCUUUGUUGUCGAGUUGGACGAACAUCCACUCGGAAAGGAGCUCCAGGGCCUUCUGGCAACAAACACUGGGCGCAAGACAGUCCCCAACAUCCUCGUCAAUGGCAAGACCAUCGGCGGAGGAGACGAGAUAGAGACAUUGUAUACGUCUGGGGAGCUAGGGACAAAGCUACAGUCCCUGGGCGGGAAACGAGUGACAGCGACUCUACGCAAGACAGAGGGACCGGAGCCCUAA